GCAAAGGAGCUGAUGCUUCCUGUGUGAAGGGACAUCAUACCAAAGACCAGGAUCAACAGCACUGCACUUCUAACCUGACUCAUGAGACUAGAAGAGAAAGAGGACUAUCAUAAAACCAGUCUUCCAGAUCUGUGGUUAUGGAAACCAGCCUGCUCAUACUGCUCUACAUUAUUUCAUUCUUCCAGGCAUCAGGAGCCAGGCGUGAAUCCUCAAAUCUGGAUUGUUUCUAUGACUCAUUUGAGACCGUCAUUUGCACAUGGACCCCUGUGAAAAAUGCUAUGAAAGGGCAAUGCCAACUCACUGCUUCUGUCGACUACGGGAAGCCACCCAAGACAUGUCAAAUGAAUGGCACAAGCAUAAGGAGUUGUAAGCUGAUUCUUGAGGAUUACAGCUUGACUAUGGUAGACACUGUUCUCUUGGUUGUGUCUUGCCAUACUGGGGAGAAAUGGACAGAGGUUCAUAAUCAGACAAUAGAACCAUUUCAGAACAUUCAGCUCCAGCCUCCUUGCAAGUUUCAACUGGAAAAUGCCAGCAAGCCUUCCUACAAUUUCACUUGGACACUUUGUGUUCUCUCUCAUUAUCUAAAAGAAAAACUGGAAUAUGAAGUACGGUAUAGAGCAACUUCUCCUGGUGAGACUGACAUAAUCCUGCCCAUAGCUCAGGAUCAGAAAUGGCUAAUAAUUGAGAACCUUUCUCCUGACACAGUAUUUGAGGCAGCCAUUCGUGUAAAAGUACAACGGAUCAAAUAUUAUAACAGUAUAUGGAGCAGAUGGAGCACACCUCCUAUAAGAUGGAGGACAGAUCCUGAAGCAUCACCACAAAGUACACUCCUUCAAGUUCUUCCAGCCAUUGUUGGGAGUUUCAUCAUUUCCAUCUUCAUCAUUUUCUUUGUGAUUGUAUCUUCAACAUCAAAAUGCUUUAGAAAGAUGUUUAACAUCGAUUUGCCAGAUCCAGCUGAGUUCUUUCCUUCUCUCACCGCUGCCCAUGGAGGAAAUAUCCAGCAGAAGUGGUUGUCCUCCUCAGCCUCCAUUACUUCCUUCCACAUUACAAGUGAAGCUCCCAAUAUCUCUGUGUUGGAGAUCAUGCAAAAUAGCAGCAAGGAGUCUUGCCUUCUCCUUCCUAAGGAAUACUUCACACCUAUUGAGAACACAGCAGGGACCAGUGGACAGUCAUCAAGCAGCUGUUUUACCAACCGUGGCUAUUUCUUUUUCCGCCAUCUUGACUCCCUUGAGAUUGAUUCCUGCAAGGUGUAUUUUACCUAUGAUGCUAUGACUCAAAAGAGAAGCAGUGAAGAUAGUAAAUCCUAUUUCUACAAAGAGCUCCAUGAAACAGGUCAAAAUUUCCCAUUGUCUACCAACCUUGUGACAAACCAGGAAAAUGAUGCUUUUCUUCAAGAUUAUUCAGGAGGAUGUCUUCCAUCAGGGGAGAACUUCCCAACAGCAUCAACAAUAGAACAGGAUGGGAACACAGAAAAGAGAAUUCCUAUUGCCUUGUCUUCAAAAACUCCUGAGCAGUAUUCCAUGGAUGGUUCAAGUGAGCCAGAAUCAUCUAGCAACAAUACAGAUAGAAUAGGCUUACUCAGAAAUGAAGGCUUAUCUAACAGUGUUAUGGGAAAUAAUAGGUUCAUGUUUCCAAAUCAAGGCCGGUCCAAUGAUCUCUGCAGAACUGCAUCCUCCAGCCAGAUCCCCAGUUCCUCAGAAGCCUACCUGUCCUUGCAGGAUCUUCAGAGUUAUCAUUCUGUCUAAU